AUGGCUUAUUAUGAUGGUCUUAAAAUGUUAGACAAUGAAGAAAAAACUAUGGUACUUACUCAACAAUUUUAUGAGGCAAUUGAUGAAGAAGCGACAUUUAUAACAGAAUUUAAGGAGACAUGGCAAACAUUUAUGUUAGACUGUUUUUUGAAAAUGUUUGAAGAAACAUUAGAUGAAGAAAAAAAGCUUGUUAGAAUCACAAACUUGGAUUGUCUUAUUUUGAACUAUGAUAUAUACGAUACAGAAGGCAUAUUGAACCUUAAUGAUGCUGAUUUUAAGCAAAUGCUUGAUUCUAUUAAUUAG